AUGAUCACGUAAAUAUUUGUACUAAAAUCAGUCUUAAUGGGAACGACAUGUUACCAGGCAGCAGUCGAAUAUCUUCUCAAUACGAUGAAAGACCUUCAGAAUAAAGAAAAAGAGAAGAACAAAAAUAAGGAAUAUCUUAUUACAGAGAUUUAUGUGAACAAUUGAAUAAAGAGAAUUUGCUACUUAAAUCAUUCCAAAUAGAAAAUAAUGAAUUAAAGCAAAAAUAAUUACUUAUUAAUGUUGAGUUAUCAGCUGCUUAAUAGGAGCUCUCAAGGAUUAGAAACCAUCUUGGAUCACAAUAACCGACUGAUAGAUAUAUAUAAAAAAUUCAAUAAGGUAUUUUACGAUAGCUAUUUUUAUAGAUAAUGUAGAUUUGUAAUAAUAAAUUAAUGAGUUAAAUAAAUAUAAACAAAAUUUAGAGGCAGAAUUGAAAUUUUAUAAAGACAACCGUUUCACUCAAACAAUUGAAACUCAAGAUAUGAAUUUUUCAUAGAAUUAGAGGAAAAUAAAAGAAAUGGAAGAUGAUAUUUAAAUUUUAAUAAGUGAUUAUAGUCGAAACUAAGAAAAACUUGAAAAAACCUUAAAUGAAUAAAAAUAAUAAUCUAAAUAUGAUAUUGAUUAAAUGAAAAGUUAAAUCCAGUCGUUGUCUGCAUAGAUAUAAGGAUGGCAAUAAAGGUAUAAAAAUUUAGAAAUAAUGAAGUUUGAAUUAGAGAAUAAAUUAAUAAUACUAGAAAAAGAAAAUUAAUAAUUAAUUGAUAAAAGUAGCAAUAGGGAAUCAUAGAGUAAUUUAGAUGUUGUAUCUUAAUUAAAAGAUUAGAUUUAUUAACAAUCUAAAUAGAUUAAUAAUUUAAAAGCAGAAAUAUAAUAGAAAUAACAAAACGAAUAUUAAUUAUUGAAAGAAUAACAAAAUUUGAAAUAGAUGCUAGAAUAAUCUCAUAGCUAGACUUAUAAUUCUUAAUAAGUUGAGAAUAUGCAAUAUGUAAACGAAAUAUCCAAAUUAAAAUAAUAUAUAGAAUAAUUAUAAUAUGAAAAUGAAAAUUAUAGAAGUCAAUAAUCAAAACUAUAUUAAAAUUAACCUAAUAUAUCUUCAAAAGAAGUUUAUUUGAAUUCAUAAAUUAAUGGUUACUUAGAAGAAAUUGAAAGACUAAAAGGUGAUAUAUUCUCAUAGUAAACACAACAUGAGAAACAAUUAAGAGAUUAGGAAAACCGUUUUUAGAUUGAACUUAAGAGUGUAAGUGAUAAAUUUGUUUCAUUACAAAAGGAAAUGAAUUGCCAAACUUAACUCUUUGAAGAGAGUCGAUUUACAUUUUAAAAUUAAUAAUAAAUAAAAGAAAAUGAUAAUUAAACUAAGCUUUGGUAAGAUAAAUUUUAUGAAUAACAGAUAUUAAAUGAAGACUUGAUGUAUAAAUAUCAAGAACUUCGCAAUUAACUCACUUAGUAUCUCAACUAUAAAACUUAAAAUGAAUAUGAUUAAAAAACUAUUCAAAAUUUAGAAGCUUUGGUAGAAGAAUAAUAAAAUAUUAUGCAUUCUUUAUACUAAAAGGAAUUAAAUUACAAAGAUACAAUCAACCAAUAUAUGCUAAUAAUUGAAGAACAUCAGUACCAAAAUAAUGGUGCAUUUGAGAAUUAGAUAUAGUAGCUAUAAUUGUAAUUAGAAUAAUUGCAAAUAAGAUUAAGAGAUUAGGAAACUCAAUUAAAUAUAAAAUCUACAAAAUGCUUUGAUUUAGAAAGACAGAUUGAAGUUGAAAAACAGAGGUUUUCAGAAAGAGAAUCAUUUUUUUCAAUGUAAUAAAAGUAAGAAAAAAUAAGGAUUCAACAAUUAGAAAUGCAGGUGGAUAAUUUAUAAAAAGAUUUGGCUAUGUAGAAUCAGAAGAAAAACGAAGUAAUUAAAGAAUAUAUUUAUGUUGAAAAUUAAUAGGAUUAAGAGAGAAUAAUGUUGUUAGAACAAUCUCUACAAAAUCUUUAAUAAGAAUAUCUUAUGAUGAAGGAAUAAUAUAUUUGUAUUUAAAAUCAAUAUAAUGCUCAGAUUAUUCAAGUAGAACAGCUUUAAGGGUUGUAGGAAGAUAAAAUUAAAAUAAGAUAGCUGGAGGAAUAACUAAGAAUGCUAAAGGAUCAGUACUUUGAGUUAAAUGCUUUGAAAUAGUAAGUAUUAAAAGAAGUGGUUAAGGAAGUAAUUGAAGUGCCAUCUCAAAGUGAUUAAAUGCUAAUUAAAGAGUUAAGAUAGGAAUUACAAUAAUUACAAUCAGAGUAUAGAAUCUUAAAUACUUAAAAGUAAAAUUAUGUUGAGAUUUAAUCAGAAGUAGAUAAAAAUAGGAUUAAAGAGUUAGAAAAAUAAUUAAUUAAUUUGAGGAGAGAUUAUGAAGAAAUUUGUAAUAAGAAAUAAUCCUAAAUAACAGAAUUUGUAGAAGUAUCUUCAAAGUAGGAUUUGUAAAGAAUCCAAUAAUUGGAAAAGAUUGUACAAUAAUUAUAAGAGGAAAACUUUAAAUUGCAAAUUUAAACUACUGAAUAAAUAAAAAGGUCAGUUGUAAUCAAUUAGGAUCGAGAUUAAGUUUAAGAACUUUAAGUAUAAUUAGCAACUUUAAAAUAAGAGAAUAAGAGUUUGCAUUUAGAAUUGAAUUAAUUAAAUGAAUCCUUGAGAAAAUCACAAAAUUCUGAAUAUUUAAAGAUUUAAUAGUUAGAAUAGAAGAUUAGAAUUCUAGAGUAGAGUAAUUCAGAAUUAUCAAAUUAGCAAUCUUAAAUUAAAAUUGUGAAAGAAACUGUAGAAGUAAGUAAAGAUGAAGAUAUAUUUAAGAUCUAAUAGUUGGAAUUAUAAUUGUAGGUAAAAACAGAUGAUAUUCAAUAUUUGGAAAAACAGUUGAAUUUAUAAAAGAAAAAUGUUGAGGAGUUAAUAUCUGCAAAUGAAAAAAUGAAGUAUGAGAAUACAAAAAUGAGAUCAUAAUUAUAUGAAUUAUAAUCAUCAAUAGAUGAAUUGUAAUCAAAGAUUAAAGAGAGUAGUUCAUUUUAUGAAGAAAUUAAAUAAUAUAAAUAGGUGAUUAGUUAAUAUGAAUAAAGAGAUAAAUUGAAAAAUGAUUCAUAACAAGUGAUUACUGAACUUAAGAGAAAAUUAAAUGAAUCUGAAAAUCAAAUUAAAAGAUAAUGGGGAGAAUUUGAAUUGAGUAAGUAGGAUUAUGAGUUUAAAUUAACAAGUUAAGAAACUAAAUAUAAUUAAUAGAUAUAAUAAUUAUAAUAAGAGUUUUAAAUGAAAUAAUAAUCAAAAGAAGAUGAAUAUUUAAUAAGCAAAAAUAGUUUUAAAUAGAUAUAAAUGCAAAAUGAUGAAUUGUAAAGAGAAAUCAACAGAUUAUCAGAUUUGGUAAGACAAAAGAGUGAUGAAAUAAAAAGAUUAAAUGACAAAAUCUCAGUCUAUACAGUAAAACUAGAUUAAUAGUAAUCAAAUUUAAAAGAAAACUAAAUUUAAAUUUAAGAUUAUUCUUUAUAGUAAGAAAAAAUGUCUUAGUUAAUGUAAAAAAAUAAUAAAUUAGAAAAUGCUCUAAAAUAGUUUGAAGAGGAAAAGAAAAUUGAGAAUUUUGAACUUCAUUCACAAUUUAAUAAAAAAAUAAUGGAAGUGCAGGAUAUUAUUUAAAAAAAAGAUAAUGAAAUUUAAUAGUUGUCCAAUUAUAUUGCAACUCAGCAAGAAUAGAUGAGGAAUCAAGAGAAUAAUAAAUCAUUAAUAUCAAAAUAGAAUGAGUAUAUUAUUUAUUAAUUUAGUAAUUAACAAUUUUUGAUAGAUUUAUAGAACUAACUCAGUAUAGUGAAACAAGAGUUAAUUAGAUAAACGACUUUGAAAGAAGAUUAUUAAAAUAAAAACAACGAAUUACUAUUAAAAGUACUAUAUUGAUAUUACUAUAUUUAGAUUGGAGAAUAUGAGAAGGGGAACAGAAUUUCAGUAAAACCUGAUUAUUAUGUGACUGAAAUGUUUUAAGGGACUAGUAGUUUUAGAAAUCUUGGCAAUGCAAGUGUUGAUUUUAAUCAAAAUGACUCUUAAUUUUAGAUUUCAAGUUAAUAGAGAAUAAGAGAUUCAACACGUGUAUAAAAUCCAAAGCCAAACAAUUUUAAUCCUCUAAACUCAUUUGUAAAUAUCUUUAAAUAGUAUAGAUAAUUAAAUAACAAUUCUUUACUUAGAAAAAGAGUUGAAUAU